ACUUGUGCGACGACUUUGCAUUUUCUUCAUAAUUCAUUUUCUUCUCAUAAAGGAUAAUUUUGAACAUCUUGAUUUCUUGACAAAGUUUGCAAAAAGAAGUUGGUUUCCUUCAUUCACAAACUCAACCGAGACCUGUAAGGAUAGAGCUUAUUCGCCUUACUUCAUCAGGAGCCAAGGAGGUAUGUGGAUCAUUUUAAUUUACCUUUGGGCUUCAUCUUUGCAAAUAAUUUGAAGAAGAAACUAGUACAGCAGUUAUUUCCCCCAAAAAAAAAAAAUUGUAGCAAGGGGCCAAGGGAAUUAAUUUGCGACACAUCGACUUGACAUCUGCUCUUCAUCUUUCCAAAUAAUUUGAAGAAGAAACUAGAACGCGUGAUCAACAAUGGCAGAUGGGCAUACUUCAAUUGCUUUCAAUGUUGAUGAAGGUGAUUACCAGACAUUUAUCCAAAGCCUAAGAUCUAUACUUUCAAGCUCCACAUCACAUAAUAUCGAUGUGCUCAUGCCACAAACACAUUCUCUAAGUUGGUUAGAUAUUCGCCUAACUUCUGGUGCUUCCACCAUCAUCUUGAGAAUUGACAAGAGAAAUCUAUACGUGCGUGGAUAUUCAAGAGAUGAAGGUGCAAAAUUUUGGGAGUUUUCGGAUUCAUCUAUGAUUUCUGGAUCGAGCCCUCUCGCAUAUGCAGGAAGCUAUGUAGAUGGUUACACCUUCAUUGAUGCUGCCGGACAAGAUGUUACUCGUGAAACACUUCAGCUAGGUUUACCUAAUUUAAGCAAUGCCAUUGCCAACUUAGCAAGAGCGUUGGACCCGAACUCGACCCAAAAUAAUGCAUUGCAGAAUUGUGCUAGAGCACUGCUGGUUUUAACUCAAAUGAUUGCCGAAUCUACGAGGUUUCAAUUAAUCACGGACCACAUUGUCAAAAACUGGUACAAUUCUGCACCACUCACUUCACAACUCGUCGAGUUGCAGCAGGGCUUUGUAAGUUUUUCUAGUGCUGUCCAACGUGCUGACCUCCCCUGGACAGAUAAUACGCCCUUGCCUAACGUCCCGAACCCUAAUAGAGCCCAAAUUUGGACCGUAGGUCAGGCCAUUGCCGCACUUGGGAUCUUGAUGGAGACAAGACCCGUGACAAGCUAAGCUGAUGUUGUUGCUGGCAAUGCUCAUAAUGCAGAUACUGCUGAUACAAAUGUUUCAUACGUGUGUACCUUGGUGAGCAUCGAGUAUGUACGUGUGAACAAUAUUAAUGGUGAGGAUCCUGGUGAUCUCUACGGAACGGUGAAGGUCAAGGAUUUUUGGGGCCUUCUACUGCUACUUCGGGCGGUGAUGUGUUCGUCAUCAGUGUUAGUUUGUGGGACUACGAUAGCUUGUCCCGCGAUGACCAGAUUGCUCAAGGCGACAUCGUGUGGGAACCAAGAAAUGAGAAUUUAACUUUCGCCAAUUAUGACAAACGUUUGGAGAAGGUUGUGUAUGGUGAAUAUGGCAGUGUCAUGGUGGGUUACUCUGUAUUAAGACAAGCUCUCAACGCCACUAUCCAUGUUGUGCUGAUAAAUGGGGAUAAUGAAUUACCGGCAGAUGUGUAUGGAACAAUCAAAGCUUCGCAGGAUUUAGGGGGAUCGUCGACAUCCCUCGCAUUGUUUGAGAAAUCGUCUAAUGAAUAUGUCCAAGUGCGUCCCAAUUAUUCUAUUCCCUUGACUCGUUCAUUUGUGGUAGCACCAGCGAGUUCUGUGUUAACAAUCACGGCAGAUUUGUGGGAUUAUGAUACGCUGUCAUUUGAUGACCAAAUUGCCAAGGGAAGUGCACACUUUGAUGCAGCGGUCGGAACCCAAACCCAGAGCAUAUAUGGUCAAUAUGGUGAAGUGCAAGUGUUCGUCACUUCGAGUAAUGGAGGAAACAACGCUCCCCUUGCCCAACCUUACCCGUCGAUUGGUCGGUUGGGAUACAUAGUAAAUAAAUGGGUUGGAAAGGGGAGGAAUAUUCUUAUGCUGUAAUAUAUUUGGAAUUCUUUGCAUGAGUUGUGUCACUGUUAGUGGAUGGUAUCUUGUAUCCAUUUUAUUUUGUUUGGAAAUUGGAUGUAAUGCUAAAUAUAAUAAAGUUUGCUUUUGUUUGA